UUACAAUAUUAUCACCGAAUAGUCAAAAAUAAAAUCCAAUGCAGAAAAUAUCAACAUAGCAUCGAAUAUUGCCAGAAAUUUGCACUGAAUCUUUUUUGAAUUAGUUUUUUUUGUUGAUAAAUUAAAUGGGAAAAUUCGGCAAAGAUAAACGCGACAUCUAUUAUCGUUUGGCUAAGGAAGAAGGUUAUCGAGCACGAUCGGCUUUCAAGCUAUUGCAAAUUGAUGAUCAAUUUAAUAUAUUGAACGGUGUCAAACGUUGUGUCGAUCUUUGUGCUGCACCCGGUAGUUGGUCACAAGUGUUGGCUCGACGUCUUCUUGUAUCAGAUGAUACAAAUGAGAGGAAAGAAUGUUGCAAAAUUGUGGCAGUUGAUCUGCAAGCCAUGGCUCCAAUUCCUGGUGUCAUACAGUUACAAGGUGAUAUAACCAAUCAUUCUACAGCCACAGCCAUUAUCGAUCAUUUCGAUGGGAUGGCUGCUGAUCUAGUUGUUUGUGAUGGUGCUCCAGAUGUUACUGGAUUGCAUGAUAUCGAUACCUACAUCCAAGCUGAGCUUUUAUUGGCCGCCGUUAAUAUUACCACGCAUAUUUUAAAACCUGGUGGGACAUUUGUGGCUAAAAUAUUUCGUGGAAAAGAUGUUGAAUUAUUGUAUUCACAAUUGAAGAUUUUCUUCGACGAAGUAAUCAUUUCGAAACCACGUAGCAGUCGAACAUCAUCGAUUGAAGCUUUUGUAGUUUGUCGCGACUAUAAUCCACCAAAACAAUAUGAACCUACAAUGUUUAAUGCAUUGAUGGAAGGUGAAUGUCAAAAAUAUUUUGAACAAUCGGAUGAAGGUAAAUUUCACAUAAAUCGAAUGAUCAUUCCAUUUAUGGCUUGUGGCGAUCUAUCCGGAUUUGAUUCGGAUACAACUUAUUCACUGAAUAUUAACAAUCAAAAAGAUUAUGAAUAUCAUGAACCAAAUCAAAAACCAAUUGACCCACCAUAUAAAAAAGCUGUUCAAUUGAGAAAAGCAAAUGCUUUAGAUAAGCCGAUGGAUUUUAAACCUGAAAGUAAUAAUACAUGAUGUUAUAUUACAAACGU